GGCCUUGGAGUCAAUAAAACCUGGAGAAAAAAAAUCAAUGACAUCGCCUUUUACUGAACAAGAAGAGCAAAUGGAUCAGUCGUAAGACAAACUCUUGAUUUGCACUUUCAUCUAUGAACCUGCAAAGGUCACGCGUAAGAGCAAUGCUAUACACUGUCUCUCCAGAAGAUGGCGCUAAUAAACUAAGUAAUGCUGGCUCAACAAGCUGCACGGACAACAUUGUCUGAAAAAUGCCACAUUUCUCGGGACAUUUUUGGGUUUUCUUUCCCACCACCUUGCGCGGACUACAAAGGGAUAGUACAGCGCACGUCGGUUAUUUUCAGUAGGUGGAAUAAAGUGGAAAGAGUGAUGAGCAACAAGCAUUUUUCGAGUUGGAGACUGUGGUGUAGAGCUGCACGUCGGAGCGGAGGCAAAGCGAUUCAAACGCGUGCGUGCGUGCGUGCGUGCGUGCAUGAUGUCAAAAUGGUCAACAAACAGACGUCGGACGGAGGGACGGACGGACGCCUUUUUCAACCGUUUGGAUGCCAUGUUGCUGCUAUGUUAUUCCAAGCCACUUGGUUGGUUUUCCAAGGCAGGCCCACCCACCCAGCAACCCACCCAGCUCUUUCAAUGCGGUGUGGUGCCAGCUGCAGCCAAUGUUCAAGUCAUCAAGUCUUGCCCUCCCGAUUGGCUGCUGCAACGCUCGUUGGGCCAGCACAAGUGCAUGGCGCACAAGUCAAAAAGUAGCGGGCAAAUGGCGCACUCCGGUCUUUGCACGAGCACAUAGAGACGAGAUGCAAACCAAAAGCGCGAGUGCUUCAUUGAGCCCGAGGAGUGGGGCGCUGCUGCUGCAGGUUCUUCUUCUUUUCGCAAUCCUUUUGGCGGCCCACACGGUCGACUGCUACCGCCUGAGGAAGGCGGACAGAAGAAAAACGGUUCCAGAGGGCUUUAGGCGAGGUAAGAUUGUGUUUGGGAAAGUUCCUCCAGCGCUGCAUGAAGAAGUCAAGAAGGCAAACAGCUCCGUGGAGGAUGAAGGCGCUUAUCAGGCCGAUUCUGCAGGAGGCUGGCCAGUAAACCCGCAGCAGCAGCAGCAGCAGCAGCAGCCACUGCCACAAGCCCCAUCCCAGGAGGCCUUGUGGAGACGCAUGAGCUCCCUACAUUGUGGAGAUCAGCACAUGAAGCUCAGUGUGAAGAGACCGGGGCUGCCCUUCUUCAUGACCGUGCAGCAAGCGCCCAACGCUCCUCCAUUGCCUCUGCCCCAUGUGCCCAUCAACUGUGGCUACAAUAUGCAUCGCAAUUCCUUUGGAUUCUUCAUGUAUGUUCCCUACGGUGCUUGUUACACGCAUCAACAGGCUGGAAGUUAUGUCCUUCCAAUGUAUUGGCAGGGAAUUCCAGUCCUCCUCAUGUGCACCAAGCAGACUGCAAGUGAUGGCCCAAAAGUUCCCAGCCCCCCACCCCUAUCUGACCCAGUGGCACCUGAGGUUCAACAUCUCCCCAUGUGGCCCCCAUUUGCCAAAGAUCCAGUCUCGCCACUGGGCAUUUGGUCGCCAGUUGAGCCCCGAAGCCAUCCCCAAUCUCCCAUCAUGAGUCCCAGGUCCCCAAGUGGCCCGCUGAGCCCCGGGGCCCAUUCAGUGCCUCGUAUGCCCAAGUGGCCCUUUGUCCACAAGUGGUCUCCUAUGCCCCAGAGUCCUGGCUCCCACCUUCAUAAGCCUCAGGAGCCCUUGUUGAAUCAUGGACCCCACAACCCAUUUGUGCCUCACUACCCCGUGGUGCCACGCAUGCCCUAUGUGCACAAUCUGCCUCGGCCGUACCAGGGUCCCUCACCCGUGGCCCAGUACCCCUUCUUCAACCCCUCCCUCUGGUCCUUCCCGGCAAAUCAGCCGCGAGUUGUCAACCGGGAGCAAAACGGUCCAGCGAAGCAAGCGGUUGGCGCAACCUUUCCCCAUUUUGCCCCUACUUUUGUUCCUCUGGUGCAGCCAACAACAGCGGCGCCAGCGCCGGCCACAACGCCAGCGCCGACCACAACGCCAGCGCCGACCACAACGCCAGCGCCGACCACAACGCCAGCGCCGACCACAACGCCAGCGCCGGCCAUAACGCCAGCGCCGGCCACUGCCGCUGCUCCGUUAGCAUACAAUCCGUUGUAUCAAUUCCCCCCUGAGCUAAUGCACUACAUCUCCUAUGAGGACUUUCUUGCUGCAAUGUACGGCAAUCCUUGAAGAGCGCAAA